CUACGAGAACAUGGCUCUUCUCACUUGAUCGACGACGUCAGUAAACAUUUUACGCAAGCUUCAAGCGUUCAUUUGGGUAGAUAAUGGACGUGCCUUGUUAAAUUAUGGACGUUGCAUUGUUAAAAAGCAUCGAACGCCCCGGCUCCGCGACCACGCCUCCGCGCGGAGCUUCAUCACGGGCACCUGUGUCACGUGUGUCACGUGUGCGCGCGCUCCGUCAAGCUGCUGCGGCCGAAAACCCCGCGGACUUUUCUCAGCGUUAACUUUGUGCUGUACGUGUUUCCACUUUGAUGGAAGCCCACUGGUCCGCAGUCAGCUUCGCCUUGAGCCAUGCUGUCCAACACGGGCCCGGUGGCCAAACUCUACUUGUCCAUAAUUGACGAUGUGAUCGAGAGUAUGAGGGAGCUCUUCUUGGACGAGGGGCUUGAAGAUCGCGUCCUGGACGAUUUAAGACAUCUUUGGGAGUCAAAGAUGAUGCAGUCGAAAGCAAUGGAAGACUUCAGGAAAAACAACAUCAGCUCCUCCAACUUUGUGCUCCAGCUCCCCGACAACUACAGACAGUCGGCCGAUCGAGAACUCACAGCCUCAGUUGUGAUCCCUGCAAGUCAGAAUAUCCACAGCUUCAAGAACAACUCGGAGACACUUGCUACUUUUUCUCUCCCUGCUGGGUUAGCGUACCCUGUGCAGAUACCAGCAGGAGUCACUCUACAAACAGCCUCUGGUCAACUUUACAAGGUCAAUGUUCCUGUUGUGGUCACUCAGGCCCCAGCUGGUCAGCAACCUGUAUCCCGGCCCACACAGAAAGCUCCUGCCCCUCAGCCAACUGCAGUCCCACCAAAUACCAUCUAUCCCCAGCAGGUGGAGCCACCCCCUGUUCACGCUGCCUCUGACACAGAGCUGCCACAGCAGCCGGAUUUACCCCCCCGUCUGGAGAGUAGCCCUCUUCAACAGCCACAAGUCCCUGCUGCCAACGCCUCGCAGCUUCAGGAGGUCCACCCUCCACCGCCUGAGGUCACGAUGGGAGAAAAUGAGCCCAGUGCCCAACUUGAACCAGUGAACUUCAGUAUGACCACCUCACCCUGCGGUCAGUUAUUAGACUUCCCGCUCGGCACAGACGAGGCUUUGACACAGACGGCACAGCUGAAGACCCGAGACAUCGAUGACAUCCUGAAGGAAGUGAUUGAGGAGGAGCGAGAGAAAGCAGAAAGGAGAAGGAAUCUGGCACCGGCAAAGACUCAGGAUCAGUCUGAAGCUGUUCUCGGGCUGGACCUGGACUACAGUUACAGUGAACUGUCCGACAUCGUUCAGCUGGAUGGUGCUGCAGACAACUCUGACGUCGAGGUGGACGAUGGAGUUCCCCUGGAAGUAAACGACUUUCUGGGAAUAAUCAAUGCAGAGGCCAUAAAGGUGCUGCAGGAAGGAGAUGGGAGCAGUGACGGCAACAGCAUCUCAAGCAGUGACAGCGAGGGAGCAGAUAAAAAUGCAGAGGAGGAGGAUCCUUUGAAUUCAGGCGAUGAUGUGAUUGAGCAGGACAUCCCGGAUCUCUUUGACACCGACAACGUAAUCGUUUGCCAGUACGACAAAAUUCACCGCAGUAAGAACCGCUGGAAGUUUCAUUUGAAAGAUGGAGUGAUGUGUUACGCUGGCAGGGACUACGUGUUCUCCAAAGCGGUUGGGGAAGCUGAGUGGUAAUGAGCUUUAUUUCUCCUGAACACAUCAGAUAAUCAUGUUGAAAGAGGGAAAACAAUGAUUUAAAAGGGAAAGACAAUAAUAAUAAUAACCUCUUGGUGGUUUCAUUUGGCUCACAGAGCAGUACGUUAAAACACAACUGCAAAAUUACUGACACCUGUUUUUUUUGUGAGGGGAGAGGUUAUGUAAUUAUCAGAGCAAUCCUGCAAGUCAUUUACGAUGCUACAAAAGAUUUCUUAGUGUUGCUUGUGAAGCCAAUUUACUGGGACAAACAGCAUGAAUUUAUGUUGUGUAAUUUUUCGUUAAAUGGUUUUCUUAUUUAGAGGAGCCAAACAUUAUUUGACCCGGAGUUUGUUUUUCUAAUGUCAUGACAAUGUUGUCUUUGAAGGUGCCUCCUGCUGUUUGCUUUUCUAGCCUUGUAAUGUUUUUCCCUUUUGAUCACAAAUCAAAUAUACUCAGCUGUAACUGUU